AAAAGUUCGGUUAGGUUUUAUACGUUGUUCUACUAAAAACUUUAAUAUCAGUGGGGUCCCAACCUUAUGUUUUUGUGUAGGAUGGAAAUAGUUUCGGGAGAAAAUGAAAAGAAGCCCGUGAUUGAAGGAAACAAUUAUACAAUUUGUCCAGUGAUUUCCACAACGACUUGCAAAGUCUUUCAUGGGCCAUAAGGUCCCAUCCAUCUACAUACUUAUUACUUCACGUAGUUUGUUCAUCAUUGCAACUCAUAUUUCAUCUCAUUUUUCUUAACAGUUGAGGUUGAAUCAUGGGAAAUCAGUGGGUUUUGGGGUUUUAUCUCGUUUUCUUAAGCAUGUUUUUGGUUGCAACCAAAUAUACUUGUUUGGGUGCUCAAAAUUCGACAAGAAGCUGCCAUGAACGAGAGAGACUAGCACUACUCGAGUUCAAACACAGCGUCAAAGAUGACUUUGAAAUACUCUCAUCAUGGGUUGGCAUUGAUUGUUGCUCAUGGAAAGGAGUCCGCUGUGAUGGUGUCACCGGAAGAGUUGUCGGUCUUCAUCUCAGAGGAGAUUUCGGCGACUAUGAUUACUACGAAGACGGUUACUACUUAGAAGGUGAUAAAGUGAACCCAUAUUUGGCUGAGUUAAGACAUCUGCAGCAUCUGGAUUUGAGUGGGAAUAAUUUUUAUGGAAGUCAAAUUCCUAAAUUCAUUGGAUCCUUCAAGCAGCUAAGUUACCUCAAUCUCUCUUAUGCACUUUUUAGUGGUAUUAUUCCCCAUCACAUUGGAAAUCUCUCCAAUUUGAAGGUUCUUGAUCUUCGUUCAUCUUCAUAUGAUGAAACUCGGCUAAUCACGUCAAAUGAUAUGGCAUGGGUUUCUGGCCUUUCCUCACUUGAGCAUCUUGACUUGAGUUACGUAGAUCUUUCUCAAGCAAAAAAUGUUGCUAUGGUAUUUUACAUGAUUCCUUCAUUAGAAUAUAUAAGUUUGAGUGCCUGUGAACUUUCUAAUGCUGAUCUUGGUCUACAUCUUAAUUCAAGUAAAAUACUUCCCAACAUUGAACAUCUGGAUCUUAGCUCCAACAGCUUUGAAGGUCAACUCCCUCAUUUUUUUCAGAACUUGACAUCCUUAACGUUCCUUGAUCUUUCAUACUAUAAUCUUAGUCUGGCAUGGAACUCUGUAAACCUGCUAAACAUGAUCCCUUCUUUAUCAGAAUUGCAUUUGUCAGGGUGUGAGCUUCACAAUGCCCCCUUUUCACCCACUUAUUUGAAUUCCAGUGCCCAUUCUAACAUACAAUAUCUUGAUCUUAGCUGUAAUUCAAUUGGGGGUAGGUUUCCAUCUAAACUAAUGAACAUCACUUCCCUAACAUUCCUUGACCUUUCAGAAAACCUUUUGCACUCAUCAGUUUCUGUCAUGCCUAACCUUCUAAAGCUCGAUGUUUCUUAUAAUAACUUUGAGCACAUCGAGCUUGUUGGGAUUUGGAGACAAUGUCAUCUGAAGGAAUUGAGCUUAACAUCUAAUCAUUUUGGAGGAGAAAUGAUAGGCCCAUCAUCAAACACGUCUGAAUGUUCCAGAUAGCAUCAGAAACAUGAAGGCGUUAGUAUCUCUUGACUUCUCAGACAACCAACUAAGCGGGACGAUCCCUCAAAGCAUGGCUGCUUUGAACGAUUUGAGCUCUUUGAAUCUGUCAUACAACAAAUUGUCAGGAAGAUUUCCAACCGGAAAACAACUGCAGACACUUAUCGACCCAUCAAUAUAUGCUGGUAACAGGGAUCUCUGUGGUGAAUAUCUGCCAAAUAAUUGUUCCAAUCCUGAAAACCCACCAGCCACAAGAAGCAAGAACAAAUACAAAAAGGCUAAUGGGCUAAGGAAGGUAUGGUUUUACUUGGACAUAACGUGUGGAUUUGCAACAGGUUUUUGGGGUAUUAUUGGAGUUUUGGCAUUCAAGAAGCAAUGGAGAAGGAAGCUUUUUAUGAUUGCAGAGGUAACCAUGGAUAAGGUGUAUGUGGCGGUUGCAGUGAAGAUUUCCAAGAUAAAAAGAGGCAGAGAAGCCUAAUAGAUUCUAAUAAGUGACAAUAUUUGUAAAAUUGUUGUUUUGGUUUAAAAUACUCUGUUGUGUAAUAUAUUUAGACCAUGGGUUUGUUUAAUACAAAUAAAAAUAUUACAAUACACGAGAUAGAAUACAGGUGAUAGAUGAUUACAGAAGAAGUGGACUGAAGAUUAGACAUG